AUGGAACAAUGGAACAAUCUUCUCAGCAGUAAGAGAUUCGUCAACAAAAACUUUGCUUGCGCUCCCCCAGAAUUCAUGUUACAUACACAUUCCGAUGUUUACUCGGUUAGCGCAGAUCCAACCAUAAAAGUGAUUGAUUUGCGCAUUGAUUUAUGCUGUCGCCAUUAUCAUGUCAGUGGGAUCUGCGAUGGUCACGUCUUCGUGGACUCCUUAGAGGAAGGAGACUUUGUUUUGAAUCCGUUGUUGAGAAAGUGUAAAUAUAUUCCCAGGGAUGGUAUCUGUGACAGAGAUAUGGGUUACGAUGGUAGUAGACCAGAAAAGAGUUUCAAGAUUAUUGGACGUCGCAGUUCUAAUACGACCGAUAGAGUUGCAAUCCUAGAAUUAGCAACCAAUGAGUGGAAGGUUUAUGAGGAUUAA